AUGGCUGGCUUCAACCAUACUGGUGUCAACCAUGCAGUCUUCUAUCUGCUGGGCAUUCCAGGCAGAGAAGACCUACAUAUGUGGUUUUCUAUUCCCCUGUGCAUCUCCUAUGUCUUUGCUCUCCUUGGAAAUGGUCUGCUCAUCUUCAUUAUUCUGACAAAGAGCAACCUCCAUGAACCUAUGUAUCUUUUCCUCUGUAUGCUGGCUGGAAUUGACAUUGCCUUUGCUACCACCACAGAACCUAAAGCAUUGGCCAUUUUCUGGUAUAAUAAUAGGGAAAUUUCUCUUAAUGGAUGCAUUGUCCAGCUGUACUUCCAGCAUACUUUCUUCAUUUCUGAGUCAGGCAUCUUGUUGAUGAUGGCAUUUGACUGCUACAUUGCAAUAUGUUACCCUUUGAGAUACACUAUGAUACUCACUCACUCCCUAAUUGGUGUGGCUGUUUUCUUGAGAGCACACUGUGCAAUCUUCCCCAUAGUAUUUCUUCUAAAAAGGCUAACUUUUUGCAGAAAUAACAUCCUCCCACAUACAUUCUGUGAACACAUUGGCUUGGCCAAAUAUGCUUGUAAUGACAUUCAAGUAAACAUCUGGUAUGGCUUUUUUGUCUUAAUGUCAACAGUGAUCCUAGAUAUGAUCCUUAUUCUUGUAUCCUAUGUUCUGAUCCUCUGUGCUGUCUUCUACAUCCCUUCUCAAGAUGCUCGCCACAAAGCUCUCAACACAUGUGGCUCCCAUGUCUGUGUCAUUGUCCUUUUUUAUGGGCCCGGGAUCUUCUCAGUUCUCACUCAGUGCUUUGGACACCACAUUCCACUACAUAUCCAUAUUCUGCUAGCCAACGUCAGCAUGCUUGCUCCACCUAUGCUGAAUCCCAUCAUUUAUGGGGUCAAGACAAAACAGAUACGAGAUCAAGUGGUUUAUGUGUUGUUUCCAAAUCAGAAAUGA